CACCUCUGUUGUUGCGAACAGAUAUGGCAGACGAGCAAAAUUAUUUUCAAAUACAUCAUCGCUCAAUUCUGUAACUCUUGACGGGACUAGAUGAGUUCUCGUAGAGCCGCUGCGAGUGUCUUUUUAUCCUUUCUUGCCGAGCCGACUCCCCCUACCUCCUCCUCCGCUUGCAGAAUUGUAUAAAGAACAAAAAUCGGUCUGGGGAGGGGGGUUGAUACGCUGAAGCUGAAAUCGAGAGGCGAACCCAGGAAAGAGGAGUAUUUUGUACACGGGACUUUCCCCCCCUUCGUCCCUAAAAAGGAGGGGGAAAAGUCAUAUUUUUAAAAGCGAUAUUUUUAAAAUCGAGGAUUACGAAUAGGCUUACGCGCCUAUCUCUGAGGAUAUAUAUUUUAAUUCGUUAAAAAAUAUGGCCGAGAACGUUCUGGACUCUGGCCCGCCUUCAGCCAAGAGGCCUAAACUGUCCUCCCCGGCUCUAUCUGCCUCAGCCAGCGAUGGAAACGAUUUUGGCUCGCUUUUUGACCUGGAGCAUGACCUUCCAGAUGAGCUGAUCAGUUCCUCAGAGCUGAAUCUAGAAAAUGGAGGGGACCUUGGCCAGUUGCACGCCAAUUUGGGUAGUGGGGGUGGGGCCAUUGGAGGAGUUGUGUCCAGUGGCCAGGAUGCAGCGGCCAAGCACAAGCAGCUCUCAGAACUCCUUCGGCACGGACCUGCACCUGCUGCAUCGCAGCAGGGUGCGAUGGGCAGCCCAGCAGGAGCUUCAAUGGGGCUUUUCGGGAAUAUGAAGUCUUCUCCGGGUACCCAGGGCAUGGGUCCGCAAGGGCAGCAACAUCUUUCCCCACAACAAGCCGCCCUUAUGCAACAGCAGCAGAUGGCAGGGAUGGUGGGCAACAUGAACAGGAAUAUGCUCGGACCUCAGAAAGGCAAUGGACAGCAGCAGCCAGGAGGGCUCGUGCCCCAGCAGCAAAACAUGCUGGGAGCACAGAUGAUGAAUGGAUCGCCCAGAAUAGGACAUCACAACCCGGGCAUGGGCAGCAACAGUAACCUGUUAGCAGAGGCUCUUCAGCAGCAGCAGCAGCAGACAGUAGGAGUCCAGGGUGGAUUGAGGGCACAGCAACCUGGAGCAAUGAACAAGAUGGGGAUGAAUGCAGGUUCAGGCCCCUAUGGAGGCCCAUAUGGUCAGCCUGCCAGUCAGGGUCUGGGUGUUGCAGGGCUGGCCCCUCAGCUCCAGAACAAAGUAGGUCUGUCCAACAGUCCGGCCCAGUUUAACCUCGACAAGAAACCCCAGCCUAUGCAGGGCAUACCUGGCAUGCAGGCUUCCCAGCUUUCCCCAGCGGGCACUGCCGGAGGCGCAGGAACGGGCAGCAUGGUGCCCAAUGCCCAAGGAACUCUUGGUCCCGGAUCAGCUGCAUCAGCCGUGUCUGCAGCAGCGGCAGGAGGUGUUCCUCCAGCGGCCGAUCCAGAAAAGCGCAAACUCAUACAGCAGCAGCUGGUGCUUUUGCUCCAUGCCCACAAGUGCCAGCGGAGGGAGCAGGCCAAUGGGGAAGUACGGCAGUGUAACCUGCCCCACUGUCGCACCAUGAAGAACGUCCUCAACCACAUGACGCACUGCCAGGCUGGCAAAUCUUGCCAAGUGGCACACUGUGCCUCUUCCAGACAGAUAAUCUCUCACUGGAAGAACUGCACGCGGCAUGACUGCCCUGUAUGUCUACCUUUGAAAAAUGCAGGAGACAAGAGGAAUCAACAGACUUUGCUAGGCACUGGAAGUGUGGGGUUAAGUUCUUCUUUGGGUAAUGUAACUGGUGGUCCGCCCAGUGCCCCCAAUCUCAAUACCCAAGGGCAGAUAGACCCCAGCUCCAUCGAGAGGGCCUACGCGGCCCUGGGCCUCACAUACCAGGGAAACCAGGCUCCUCAGCCUGUCCAACAAACACAACGGACAAUGAACACCAUGGGAGCGAAUCCCAUGGGAGUAAAUGGGGCUGUGGGUGGUCAGUCUCAGAAUCAGCAGUCUAACCUUCUCCAGGAUACAAUGUUGCAUCUGAACAUGAACUCACAGAGUUUGAUGAAUGACAGUGCUGUGGGGUCUAUGCCUGUGGCCAACCCUGCUUCCAGUGCUGGAAUGAGGAAGAGUUGGCAUGAGGACAUCACCCAGGAUCUACGCAACCACCUGGUGCACAAACUAGUCCAAGCCAUUUUUCCCACUCCAGAUCCAGCUGCACUGAAAGACCGGCGGAUGGAGAAUCUAGUGGCCUAUGCGCGUAAAGUCGAAGGGGAUAUGUAUGAGUCCGCUAACAGCAGGGCGGAGUAUUAUCACCUGCUGGCUGAGAAGAUCUAUAAGAUCCAGAAGGAACUGGAAGAGAAGCGAAGGACACGGUUACAGAAACAGGGCAUGAUGCCCACUCAGCCUGGCAUGCCCCCCACUGGCCUGCCGCAGGGGCCCACAGGGAUUGGUCAGCCAGGGCCACCCACAGGACUACCUACUAAUGGUCCUCUUUCGGAUCCUUCAAUGGUGCGGCCUACUGGUCCAAAUCAGAUGAUGAACAGGAUGCAGAAUGCUGCUGGGAUGAAUCCGUUUGGGAACCAUAUGGGAAUGCAGUCCAUGGGCCAGAGAUCUACACCUCCUCUUCCACUCAACACAGCUCUUAACCAGGGAAGCAUGGGCACUGGGAGGAUGCCACAACCGAAUGUUGCACAGAUGCAAAAUCAGUACAUGCAACCUGGACAGUUUCAAGGUUCAAGUCCAAGUCUUGGUGCUGUAUCUGUUGACAUGGCUCACCCAGGAAAUGAUGGCACUAUUACUCAAGGGCAAAUGCCUACUUUAUCAUCUUUACCAGUUGGCAGUCCUUUAGCCCAGCCUGGGUCUGCUGGAGGGGCAGGCAGCGGGUCCUCGGUGGGCUCUCUGGGUCCCAACAGCAUAAGUGGGGUUCCUCCAGCGUCCACCCCAACACAGUCCAUCACUCCCCACGGCCCGCCCGUCCACCAGAAUUCUCCUUCCCCAGCACAUAGCCGCACACCCACACCCACACCAGGCUCCCAGACACCCCAGCCCCAUACACCCAGUCUACCCCAGUUAGCCUCGACCGGCAGUCAGCAGCAGUUACCUCCGUCCGCCACUUCUGACAAUGUCAUGCAACCGCAGCAGCAGUCAUUAGGAGGAGGAACUCCUCCCGCUGUUUCUCAAAGUGGCCUCUCCACGCCAAAUGCCAGCCAGCAUCCCCGCACUCCAUUGUCUCAUAAGGGUUCUCUGCCAGUGGACGGCCAGGCUGCUACCCCUGCCUCCGUCAGCAGUGCAGAUGGAUCAUUUCAGCAGGGUCCUUCAGACUCCACAGCCCCCUUUGAGCCCAAGAUGGAGGUCAAGCAGAAAGAGGAGGAGGAGGAAGAGGAGGAGGAGGAUGAAGAAGAAGCCAUGGUGGGAGGAAGAACUGGAAAGCAGGAAGACAUUAAAACUGAGGAGAAGCCUGAGAUAAAGAAAGAGGAGCCGUUAACUGAUGGUGUGCCAAUGGAGACAUCUUCCACUGCAGCUGGGGAGGACAAAAAGCCAGAGAUAAAGACUGAGCCUAAAGAAGAGGAAGAGGGUUCAGGGUCCACAGUUACCCACAGUUCACCUUCUGGAGUCCCUAACAAAAAGAAAAUUUUUAAACCAGAGGAGCUGAGACAGGCCCUGAUGCCCACACUGGAGUCUCUUUACCGCCAGGACCCCGAGUCUCUGCCCUUCCGCCAGCCUGUGGACCCUUCACUGCUGGGAAUACCAGACUAUUUUGACAUUGUGAAGAAUCCUAUGGACUUGUCUACUAUAAAACGGAAGCUCGACACGGGCCAGUACCAGGAACCGUGGCAGUAUGUGGAUGACAUCUGGCUCAUGUUUAACAAUGCCUGGCUGUACAAUCGCAAGACGUCACGAGUCUACAAGUACUGCUCCAAGCUGGCGGAGGUGUUUGAGCAGGAGAUCGACCCGGUCAUGCAGAGCCUUGGCUACUGUUGUGGGAGAAAGUUUGAGUUUUCUCCCCAAACUCUGUGCUGCUAUGGGAAGCAGCUGUGCACUAUACCACGAGAUGCUGCUUACUUUUGUUAUCAGAACAGGUACCACUUCUGUGAGAAGUGUUUCAAUGAGAUCCAGGGUGAGACUGUGUCCUUGGGAGAUGACCCAUCCCAAACUCAAACAUCGAUCAAUAAGGAUCAGUUUGAAAAGAAGAAAAAUGACACACUCGACCCUGAGCUAUUUGUGGAAUGUAUGGAUUGUGGUCGGAAGAUGCAUCAGAUCUGUGUUUUGCACAAUGACACUAUAUGGCCAUCAGGCUUUGUGUGUGAUGGUUGUCUGAAGAAGUCUAACAAGACCCGUAAAGAGAAUAAAUAUGCUGCUAAAAGGCUUCCACAGACCAAACUAGGCAACUACUUGGAAACACGGGUUAAUGACUUUCUGAAGCGGCAUAAUCACCCAGAGUCUGGUGAAGUCACUAUUCGUGUUGUUCAUGUCUCGGACAAAGUGGUAGAAGUCAAACCAGGCAUGAAGUCUAGGUUUGUGGAUAGUGGAGAGAUGGCAGAGUCUUUCCCAUACAGAACGAAAGCUUUAUUUGCAUUUGAGGAUGUUGAUGGUGUUGAUGUCUGCUUUUUUGGGAUGCACGUGCAAGAGUAUGGCUCAGAUUGUCCACCCCCUAAUCAAAGACGAGUUUACAUAUCCUACCUGGACAGUGUCCACUUCUUUCAGCCACGCUGUCUGAGAACAGGCGUGUACCACGAGAUUCUUUUAGGAUAUCUGGAGUAUGCCAAAAAACAAGGGUUUACCACAGGACACAUCUGGGCUUGCCCUCCUAGUGAAGGAGAUGAUUACAUCUUCCACUGUCACCCUGCAGACCAGAAGAUACCCAAGCCCAAACGGCUGCAGGAGUGGUACAAAAAAAUGCUGGAUAAAGCCGUAGCGGAGCGCAUCGUGCAUGACUAUAAGGACAUAUUCAAACAAGCAACAGAGGAUCGUCUCACCAGCGCCAAAGAACUGCCCUAUUUUGAGGGUGAUUUCUGGCCCAAUGUGCUUGAAGAGAGUAUCAAAGAACUGGAGCAAGAAGAGGAGGAAAGGAAGAGGGAGGAGAACAGCACGUCCAAUGAGAGUGUUGAUACAACAAAAGGUGACAGCAAAAAUGCCAAGAAAAAGAACAACAAGAAGACGAGCAAGAACAAAAGCAGUUUAAGCCGAGCCAACAAAAAGAAGCCGGGGAUGCCAAAUGUGUCCAAUGACCUUUCACAGAAACUCUAUGCCACAAUGGAAAAGCACAAAGAGGUGUUCUUUGUUAUCCGGCUGAUUGCAGCACCCAAUUCCAAUGCACUUCUGCCCAUUGUUGACUCGGAUCCUUUGAUGGCAUGUGAUUUGAUGGAUGGUCGGGAUGCCUUCCUAACACUUGCACGGGAUAAACAUCUGGAGUUUUCUUCAUUGCGGCGCUCCAAAUGGAGCACAAUGUGCAUGCUGGUUGAACUGCACAACCAGAGCCAGGACCGCUUUGUCUAUACCUGCAAUGAGUGCAAACACCAUGUUGAAACUCGCUUCCAUUGCACUGUGUGUGAGGACUAUGAUCUCUGCAUCACUUGCUAUAAUACAAAAGGUCACGAGCACAAGAUGGAGAAACUGGGCUUGGGAUUGGACGACGAAAGCAACAGUCAGGCUGCUUCCUCAACGCAGAAUCCUGGAGACUCAAGGCGUCUCAGUAUUCAGCGGUGCAUCCAGUCUCUAGUACAUGCUUGUCAGUGCCGCAAUGCCAACUGCUCACUUCCAUCUUGCCAGAAAAUGAAACGUGUAGUUCAACAUACCAAAGGCUGCAAGCGCAAAACCAAUGGUGGUUGUCCUAUUUGCAAGCAGCUCAUCGCACUCUGUUGUUACCAUGCAAAACACUGCCAAGAGAAUAAGUGUCCUGUGCCAUUCUGCCUCAAUAUCAAGCAGAAACUACGACAACAACAGCUCCAGCACAGGCUACAGCAGGCCCAGAUGGUGCGUAGAAGAAUGGCCAGCAUGCAAAGGACAGGCCAGCAGCUUCCGGGAGGCAAUGGUGGGCUGCCAUCUCCUGGGAACAGUAGUACUACUGGUCCGAGCACACCAACACCAAGCAGUCAGCCUCCUACCCCACAGCCGCCCACUCAGCUAUGUCAGCCUCCAGUAACUCAACCUGGGGUUGGAGGUGUUCCAUCAAAGCAGCAACAGCAGUUGGCAGGGAUGGCCCAUCAGUACCAGCAAAUGUCUGGAAGUGGUGGGAUGAUGAACUCCCCGCAACAGCCCAUGAUCCCACAGCAGCAGCAGCCAACAUCAGUUCAGCAUCUUCAGCAUGCCAACAACCUUCCUCCAUAUGUGCAAAGACCUCCAGGCUCCUCUCCACUUUCUCAGUCAAUGGGAAAGCCAGGCAUGGUGCCAGGUGGCUUCCCUCAACAGCAACAGUCGAGCCUAGGGCAGCCUGUGAUGCCACAACAUCAACAACCUGGCCCUCCACCUGCUGCAGUAGAAAUUGCCAUGAAAAUUCAACGAGUCGCAGAGUCUCAACGGCAAAUGGCUCAGCAAAAGAUCCUGCAAAGAAACCAGCCUCCUGGCAUGAUGCCUCCACAUGGCCUGCAUCAGGGUCCCCAGACACAAAGCCAGAUGGGCAUGAACCUUCCUGGAGCUUCAAUGGUUGGACCUCAGGGAAUUCCAUCCCAGACACAAGCAGCAGUGGCACGAACUCACAUGGAUCAGCAGCAGGGAAUGAUUACAGCAAGCAUGCAGCAGCAGACAGGAACUCAGUCUCAGCUCCCUCAAGUCCAGUUGCAACAGGCACAGCAAGGAGCACCUCAACUUCAGGGGACGCCACAGCAGCCGUGGGCUGGUCCUGGUAUGCCUCCUCAGCAGAGACCUGGCGUAAUGAACCAAAUGGGUCUGCAAGGAAUGGUUGCACCUCAACAGCAGCAGCAGACAGUUGUUCAACAGCAGCAACAAGGGCAUUCAGCUGUAAUGGGUAUGAUGAGUGGCCAAGGAGCGGCUGCACUUGCAGGUGCUGGCCCUGGAAAUCACUCUCAGGCUGCCUUACUGGAACUCGUAAGAACCUUAAGGCUACCCAGCUCUCCCCAUCAACAACAGCAAGUCCUAAAUAUACUACGUUCAAACCCUCAGCUCAUGGCAACCUUUAUCAGGCAACGAGUUCCUAGGUACCUUGGUCGAGGAGGGCCUGGAACAGGAGGUGUGGGUCUACCAGGAGGACCUGGUGGAGGUCCAGGGCUCAUCGAUGGCCAGCAAAUGAGUGCAAAUCCUGCGGCAGCUCAAGGAAGUAUGCAUAUGCCACAAGGGAAUAGCAUGCCAAUGAAUCAGCUUCAGCAGCAACAGCAGCAGCAGCAACUUCAACAGCGGUCUAUGAUGAGUGGAAAUUUGCAGCAACAACAACAAAUGGCAGCGUUGCAGCAGCAGCAGCAGCAGCAACAACAACAACAGCAACAACAGCAAGGUGUUAUGCCCAGUCAGAGCCCCAACAUGUCCAACAUCUCUCCCCAGUUCAGAGAAAUGAUGAGGCGGCAUUUACAACAACAACAACAGCAGCAACAACAACAACAACAACAACAACAACAACAACAACAACAACAACAACAACAGCAGCAGCAGCAGCAGCAGCAGCAGCAACAUAUGGGAAACCAUGCUCAGUUUCAGCAUCCUCAACCACCCCAGCAGCAGGGUUAUCUUGGCCAGUCUGGAAUGCCCCCACAACAGCCUGGCCAACCUCAGCCUGGUGGUCUCCAACAGCAGCAGGGAGGUACCCAGCCUGGGACCCAGCAAAACUACUCUGGGUCUGUGUCCCAUCAGCAGGUUGCAGCAGCUCUGCAACAGAGACUGCAGCAUCAGCAACUCCAGAUGCAGCAGCAACAGAGUGCUAUGGCAGGACUCCAAGGUGCUGAUGGAGGUCCUGGAGGCGGUGGUCCCCUCCAGCAGCAACAGAUGCAAUCCGCUCCCAUAGGUUCACAACCUCCGGGCAUGCUUCAGCAAGCUUUCCAGCAACGGCUCCUUCAGCAGCAACAGUCACACCUAGGAGGAGGAUCUCCUGCUCAACACAAUCCCAUGAGCCCUCAGCAGCCCCAGCAACAGAUGUCCCAGUCUCCCCAUUUGCAGGGCCAGCAGUUGUCUAAUUCCCUAAGCAACCAAGUUCGCUCACCCCAGCCGUCGCCUCGGCCCCAGUCCCAGCCGCCAAACUCCAGUCCAUCUCCUCGCUUGCAGCCCCAGCCAUCGCCUCAUCACAUCUCGCCCCAGACAGGGUCGCCUCACCCAGGUCACCUUUCUCAGCAUCACAGUGCUGUGCACCCUCCACAGCAACAACCACAGGCAUCCCAACAGCAGCAACAGGCUAAUGCGAUGGACCAGGGCUCAUUUGGAGCAGACCAGAGUGCCAUGCUUUCACAGCUAGGUGGGAUGGGAGCCUUACAUGGGCAAGGGACAAAUGACAUGCUAUCAAAUAACCAAGAUAUUGGGUCGAACAUGAAUCAUUCAUUAGAUUUGAUGUAAUGUUGCAGUGCUCAAAGAACUGUCCUGAUUGCCAGAGUUUGGUAGCAGAUCUAGGAUUUACAAAGGCUGUCAUCGAUAGUAUUAUUAUUAUUACUAUUAUUAUUAUUUAAUAUUUUUCUUAUGUAAUUGAAAAGAACUGAACUUCCUAUGGGAGAUACUACAUGUGCAAGUCAACAAAUUAAGUUAAAUGAAUGGUAAGUUAUUGCUGUUAAUAUAUAAAAAUAUAUAAAUAUAUUUUUUGCCAAUUGUGUUCAAAGGGUUUUGGGUUAAGGGAUGGGAAAUAUUUCCUCUUGGUAUAUGACCAGAAAUAUUUUUGGGGUGAAGAAGUCUGCCUUUUUUUAUAGAUAUUUUUUAAGAUUUUAAAAGUGGCAUGAAAUUAAAAAGCAAAAUGCGUAAACAAAAUGGACUAUUUUGUUUUCUUUUUCCUCUAAAUAGUCAAAAAUGCCAUCAGUUUUGGAGAGUAUUAGAAUUAUUCUCACAAAUGUAAUGAUUAUGAUGGCAUUGGUAAUAACUGUUAUUUAUUACUCAGCUCUUUUGGUUGGCUAAUAGAUAUUUUCUUGUUCUUUUAUUUUGGACAGUUUAUGGCAUAUGCUAUUUGAACCUCCUACAGUUCUUGAAGAGUAUAUUUUUGUUAGUGAUAGAACCUGACUAUAAAUGGAUGAAUUUAUAUUCUUUUUUAUUUUUAGUUUUUUUUUUUUUUUUUUUUUUUGAGGGGUGGUUGGGGCUUAAAUGAAGUUUUGAUAGUGUUUGGGAAACGAUAAUGUGUUUUCUGAUGGCUUGUUGCAUGGGAAAUACCAGUCCUCCUAUGCAUGUUGCAGUUUUCCCACCCUCAUACAUCCUGUCCCAUGAAUGUUUUCACUAUGCCCUCCUUCUCAGUACCUGGAGCCUGAUGACACUACAGGUGUGCAUAGGACAGUACAGUGAUCUCUACUGAGAAGAGUAAAUGCAGAUGAGGGAUUAUGGAUUUUGCAAAUAAUCACCUUGAACUACCCUCUUCCAUCUCUGACUCCAAGUCCUCUUUUCUCCCCAUCUCUCCAGUAAGGAAUUAUUGUUCUGACUCUUCACGCGCAUCUCUAGUGUUCUGAACUUUGGGAUUUAAGUGAUCUCCUUAAUGUAUAAAGAAAAUUCUGAACUGAAAAUAAAUUACUGAAAAUGAAAUGUCUUUGUAAAAAUAUAUAUAUCUAUAUGUGUGAAUGGAGGUAAAUGGACAGAUGUUUCUUCUUGAUUUAUGAUGCUUUGAGCUGAAGAAGUAUGGGCAGCUUAGACUUAACCUGUGAGAUUUUUAUACAUAAAUGGAGCUCAAGUCAGACAAGCACCAAUGCGCCUUUGUAUGUGUACUUCAUUACAAGGAUUUCAUUAGUGUGUACUAAAUCAACACUGUCUGUCAUUAUCUCCAUCCUGUGCACAAAUACAGCAAGGUAGAGACAAAUAGUUAAAAAAAAAAAAGGGGGAUGGUCUUUUGGAUGGCAUAUGACAAUAACCUAUAAAUGAAUUGUUUUCUCUUGGUUAAAGGAGUGCUGGAUGACUACACAGAGGCAAUAUGGCUUUAGACUUAUUUUAUAAAAACGAGGAGAACAAUAUUUGUUUUAUAUAUAUAUAUAUAUAUAUAUAUAUAUAUAUAUUAAUUUUAUUUUUGAAAAUAAAAAACUUGAAGGUAAUUCAAGAGUUAAUAUUGAAUUACACUUUUUCAAAGAUAUUGAUGAUGCAACAUGACACUGCUGUUAUACCAUAUACGUCCCACUUUGGGAAUAAUGAGAAAUAUCAUGGCAUUUUGAGGAAAAAUGUCUUAUGAGUGCGUAUAGAAGUAUACAGAUUAUGAUUCACUGUACAAACCAUGGAAAUUUGCUUUGAUCUGUAAGUUUUUUUUUCUUCUUUUUUUUCUUUUUUCUUUUCUAAAACAGACUGGAAAACCAACCAUGGUUAUAUGGUUCCUAGUUUUGACCACUUUUCUCUUGCUAACACUUUGGUGCUUGCUGAGAGGAGCAAAAACUGUUGCUCUGAUUCCAGUAGUUUUACUGUUUGUUUGUUUGGUUGGUUGGCUGUUCUUUUUUAAAGUUAUUAUGGUGGUCAGACGUUUUGCCAAUUAUUUAAUUGUACAUUAAAAUAUGUUUGCACCAUUCAAAAAUAA